AUGUCAGAAAAUGCGAAUAACACACAGCCUGGUGAAGGUAGUGGUGAUUCACAACCAAAUAGGACGAAUUUAAACAACGACACUACCAAUAACAAUAACCCUACAACUACAAGUGGAAACAAUAUUACUGUUUCUAUUGAAUAUAUGUAUGAGACACCAAAUAUCCCUGCAACGCAGAAUAAUAAUAGUAACAACAACAACCUUAAUAGAAAUAAUAGUAGUACUAGUAGUGAUAGUAAUAAUAAUGGUAAUCCUACUGCUGCAGGAUCUGCAGACUCGAGUAAUGCACAUUCACAACCAGGAACAACUACAUCACAACAAUCACAACCACAACAGCAGACACCUCCAGCAGGUAUGAGACCAUUUCCUGCAGGUGUGGUCUUUUUACAGUUCAGAGAUAUCCCAGCAGGUAAUACUCAAGAAAGGUUACAAACUAUCAUGAAUAUUGCAUCCGAGAUUGCAGUUCGUAGAAUAGUUGAUUUAUCUAGUGUAAGAUAUAAUAGAGGCAUCACAAAAGAAAAAUUUGAGUCUCUUCCAGUGGUUCCGAUUAAAGAUUUGGAUCCCACUGUAAAAGAGGAUGGUUGUAGUAUAUGUUAUGAACCAUUUGUUGAUCCUAUACCGGAUAGUAAUUCUGACGAGAAUAAGAAACGUAGCAGAGAAGAUGAUGAUGAAAAAAAGGAAUCUAGAAAUAACAGAAAGAACAAAAGAUUAAGAAGUGACUCAUCUGAUAGCAACAACAAUAAUAAUGAUAAUGAUAAUGAUAAUACAAUACCUACUAAUAAUUUAUCUACUAACAUUGGGGAUGUUACUUUUAAUGGAACAUCGGUAGAAAAUACUAAUAUCAAUGCCGGUAACAAUAGUACUCAAACAACAAAUGAUGAAGAAGUCAACCCUACUUAUGAUCAUUUUGCUGUGAAAGCACCUUGUGGGCAUAUUUUUGGUAGAGAAUGUUUAUAUAAAUGGUGUAAGUCUGAGAAUACAUGUCCACUUUGUAGGCAAGUUAUUGCAGAGAGUAUGAACACACCUAUUAUGGUUAAUUCAGCACAAGCUGCAGCUACUACUAAUGCUGCAUUUCAGAGAAUUCAUGAUCUCUUGUACAAUACAAAUAAUAAUAAUAAUAAUAAUUCUACAGAGAGUAAUAAUGGUAAUUUUUCAGUGAUAACAAAUACUGCUAAUAGUGAUACCACAACACCUUCAAUUUCUAACCAGGGAUCAACAGUUGCUACAUCUGCGACUGCUACACCUGCUACUACUACACCUGUUACAACUGCAUCUACUGUGAACAUACCAUUUAGGACAAGUAACAUUGUUUUCAUAACUCCCCAAUGGUAUAUACCACCAAAUACUACAUCAAACAAUGCAACUGUAACUGCAACUGCAAGAACUGGAAAUAAUGGUACUACUACAAGUAAUAAUGACACUAGUAGUUCAGAAAAUAAUGAUACCCAGACUACAAAUGAUACAGUUGAUAAUAACUCGAAUCAAAGUGAAAGGCCAUCCCCAUAUGAACGUUUCAGAGCUAUUAUUGGAUCGUAUUUUGAUGGUCUAAUCAAUCAGAACAACAAUAGUAACAGUAAUACCAAUAUCACAGAUUCAUCAGCAUCUUCUUCAAAUAAUUCAACAGUUAAUAGUAAUAGUACAACUAAUGCCAACUCUACCUUUUCUACAGCCCCAAGUAAUGUGCAAAAUGCAACCAGAAAUUUAGAUUUAUUGGCCAUGGGAAAUAGUAUUAGAAAUGUAUUGUUGCAACAAAGAAACGUCUUAUCAGGUACACAUAAUAAUGGUGAUGCUCCAACAUUGUUCAAUUCUGGUGUAGCAAGUUACAGAACACCAUCAGGAAAUGUUUCAACAUAUCAUCUUGGUGCACAUGAAGUAUUUCAUGCCUCCACUAACGAUAAUAACAAUAGCAGUGCAGCAACUUCCACAUCUACAGAUAACCAAAACGGUGAAAAUAAUGAUAAUACUAAUAAUAGUAGUAGUGGUGAUAACAGUAGUUCAGGAAGCAAUGAGCAAGAAGAAAACAAUUCAAAUAAUGGCCACACUCAUACUUCUACAUCUUAG